UAAACAGUAUGCGUUCAAUUGUAGAGUACAUUUAGGUGGAAAAGACAGACCGUUGAGCGACAUCUUAAAGGAGAGUGUUUGUACUGUCUUUGUGGCGGGUCAUCCCUAGGUGUAGAUUGUUUACAUUGUCAUCACACGGAUAGCAAGCAUACAGCCGACAUGAACGGCCACAAGCAAGAUCGUAAAAUCAACCAGUUCGGAGACUAUGAGGACACAUCCAACAUGAAACCGGAAGAUUGGGACUACAGAUGGGGUAAAUCCCAGACACAAUUCCACAUGCCCAAGAUUCACCCGAUGCUUUCAAAACAUUCUGAUACACUAACUGGGAAAAGGAAAAACUUACGUAUUUUCCUACCCCUUUGCGGAAAAGCAGUUGAUAUGAAAUGGUUAGCGGACGACGGACAUGACGUGGUGGGGCUGGAGUGUGCCGAGAAGGGAUGCCGGGAAUUCUUUGAGGAACAGGAUAUGCCCUACACCACCGAAAAUCUGACCGAGUGCGAGGGCAAGGUCUUUAAGGCUACAACUGAUAAAAAGAUAGCCAUAUACUGUUGCGAUUUCUUCAAGAUUUCCAGCAAAACCCUCGGCAAGUUUGAUUGUAUAUGGGACAGGGGCAGUUUUGUUGCGAUUCCAGUUACACAAAGAAAACAGUAUAGUAAUAUCAUCACCCCCACAAUGCAUAAAGACACUGUCUACCUUUUGGACAGCUUUCUGGUCGACAACACAGUGUUUGGAGGUCCACCAUUCAAUUGUACAGAGGAUGAUAUCAAAAAAGCAUUUGGUUCACAGACCGACAUCAAGAAAAUCGACGAGAGGGACGCGUUCGGAAAGUGGCAGGAGAGCUGGGGACUCAAAACGUUUGUGGAGGAGCUGUAUAUGUUGAAGAUGAAAUGAAGCUUUUUUGUGAUAUUGACUAUUACAAACUCUCAGAGUUCUAAACAGCAUUUCAAGUCUGUCGUAACGAAGAAUACGCAAUAAGCUGAUUGGAGGAGUAUAUACAGUUUUAUGAACUUUUAAUUUAUUUAUUAUGUCAGUUUCAUUUGUUCACAAUUUUUAUUAUUAUUAUUUCAUUUUAAACACCUUUGAUGCUUGAUAAAGAUUUGUUUUGAUGUAAUAUACUUAAUUCAUUUCAAUAUUAAAUGAUUAUAAAUUACAAAUUGACGAAA